AUGGACGAAGAUUGUAAUGWGCCACUUGURAUGUCUGGUAAUGCAACCUUAACGUCAACCACAUCAAGAAAURCCUCUGCAAGUUUUGGACCUCAACAAGCCUUACUCCACAAUACGCAUGCUUGGUGUGCUAGUUUAUCUAACGCUGACCAGCACCUUGCAGUAGACCUAGGGCUCGUCAAGAUGAUCAAGUCAAUAGCAAUACAAGGGAAUCCAAACAAUGACGAGUUUAUCAAGACUUUCAGUGUAUCGUAUGCAGUUCUUGAGGGUCYGUGGUUAACCUAUACGGAGAUCGGCGCAAGACGUAUUUUCAAAGGAAACUCGAAUMCAGGAGAUAUUACCAAGCAAGUUUUCAAGAAUAUCUUCCCUGCUCGCUAUGUCCGCAUCUCUCCAGACACCUGGUACAAUCACGUGUGUGCAAGGAUUCAGCUCUUUGGGUGUGGAGCAACUCCCCACCGAGGACUGGGAAUGAUGAGUGGAGACAUACCAAACAGUGCCAUAACGGSAUCCAGUAACUGGGAUACKUUCAAUGCAUUUYAUGGAKGAUUGUAUUGGACCUGGAGAGGASWGYGGCAAUCCUGGAUUUCAAGGUUUAAUGAUAAAAAUCAGUGGUUAAAAAUACAUUUGAGUACAAUGGAAMUUUUGUCGGCAAUUGCAACACAAGGACGCCAUCGCCUUGCUCAGUGGGUGACUAGUUAUUGGCUGUCAUAUAGUACCGAUGGAUCGACUUUUCUAGAGUACAAGAUAAACCAAGCUAGGAAGAUCUUCACAGGUAAUUCAGAUUCAGAGACAAUAGUAAGACAUGACUUCUCACCAGUUAUCCGCACUCGCUUCGUGAGGUUUCAUCCCAACACGUGGAAUGGACAUAUCUCUAUGAGAGCUGAGGUGUACUCCUAUGGAAGAGAUUUCCCUGGCGACCUCGGAAUUGAGGAUAGAGAAGUUCUAAACAGUCAGAUAACAGCCUCAUCUCAAUUAAGUGAACAUGAAUCAUACAAUGGAAGGCUUAAUAACCAGAUGGGAAGAGUUCUAUCAUGGAGUGCAGAAGUUAUGGAUGUCAACCAAUGGCUUCAGUUUGAUCUGGGUCACACAAUGCUUGUUACUGGUGUUGUCACGCAAGGAAGGGGAGUGCAAUAUGCCCAAUACGUCAAGGGCUAUAAGGUGAUUCUUUAUUAA